GCCUUGUUUUGUGUGUGUGUGGGGGUGUGUGUGUGCGUGUGUGUGUGUGUGUGUGUGUAUUCCCGUGCUCGCAUCGCCAUCUUGUUGCAAUCCUAUUUUUUUUAUUUUUUUUUUUACGUAUGCGAGGAUCUACUUUUCCGUUCGGCCGGAUUAGAAAAUCGCCCGUGUUGCUCUCCGCAGGAACACAAGCGGAGGGGGGGGCGGGGGGGGGACGACCAGCUCGGGCCCGCGGGUGUGAACCGUGCACACACGACACUUUCCCACCCCUCCUCUCGGUCUUCUUUCCUCUCCCUCUGUCCCGGGCCGCCGGGUCGCCCUGUCGUGAGGGGGGUUACGCGCAAUGAGCAUCGAAACACUUUUGGAGGCGGCCAGAUACCUGGAAUGGCAAGCCCAGCAACAACAGAUCGCACGUGAGGAGGAACAGCGCAAAGAGAAGGAGCUCGUCAACAGGGAGGCGGAGUUGAGGCGCGUGGAACUCGUGACCGUGUCGUCUCAGCCAGUCAGAGCCAACCACGUCGCCUGGUGCGAUGACGCUCACCGUCAACAGCCGCACCACCCUCCCGCCCCUCCGCCCCCUUCUCUCCCACCGCCUCAAGUCCCCUUUGCUGUCAUCCCAAUGGUCCCAGUUGUCACCGCGUCACCGUCGGUACCGGCCCUUCCACUUACAACGCCAAUUGCCGCCGCGGCGAUGUCACUCAACAGCUCGCCGACAGUCAAGAGUGCCUCCUCCCCGCCGCAGCAGCAGCAGCAGCAGCAGCAGCAGCAGCAGCAGCAGCAGCAGCAGCAGCAGCAGCAGCAGGCGGCCUCUCGUCGCCUGUUAUGCGCCCCCCAGAUUAAAGUGGAGAUGGGUCAGCAUCUGAUAAGUGCAAAGCCCAUCCAAUCACAGCCUCAGGUUCAGAUCCAGUACCCAACCUCCAUCUGCACUAAUGGUCCCGGCUCGCAACAUACACUGGUUCCCCAUCAAGCUCCACCCACAUCGCAGCCGCGGCCGAAUGGAGUGACAAUGGAAGACAUGAGGGGGAUGGAUGGGAAGAGGAGACCAGGAGGAGCGGGAACCAGAGAGGUUCAUAAUAAACUGGAGAAGAACAGGCCCUGCAGACGAGCACACCUCAAAGAGUGUUUCGAGACGCUGAAGAAGAACGUUCCAAACGUCGACGAGAAGAAAACCUCCAACCUCAGUGUGCUCCGCAGCGCUUUGCGUUACAUACAGAACCUGAAGCGCAAGGAAAAGGAGUACGAGCACGAGAUGGAGCGUCUGGCCAGGGAGAAGAUCGCCACGCAGCAGCGGCUGGCCGAACUAAAGAACGACCUGGGCCAGCGCAUGGACGCCGUGGAGAUCGACCGAGUCCUGCGACUGACCAUCCAGCCCGAGGACGACCAGGCCUCCACGUCCACCGCCUCCGAAGGAGAAGACAACUUUGAGCAGGACAUGGACGACAAUGUUCCCGCUCCUCCUGCUCCCACAUCCAUAACCAAACCGGCACCUCCCAUCUUACAGGCCCAGACACUCCUCGCCCCUCACCUGUCAAUCCAGCACGCCGCCCUGCCUCUCUCGGGAGUCCUGACCUCGCCGGCCCACCCUGGUCCCCCUCCCCCUCAAGCCAUCGCUCCGGCCCCGGGUCCGCCACCAGUUCAUCCCAUCCAGCCCUCGGCUAUGCAGGUCCAGCCCACUGUCAUAGCGCACGCUGCCGUCUCCCACCCUUCGGUCAUCCAAGCCGUCAAUCACGCGCUGCCGGCCAAUCACAAGCACUUGACACACAUCGCCCCGUCACCCGGCCCCAAUUCCUCCACCCCUCAGCCGAUAACCGCCGCUCAAGCCGGCGCCGCCACUCACCAGCAGAUAGCCGCACAGCCCAUCGGACACAUCACCGUCCACCCGGUGGCUCACCUGGGAGGCCCGCUGCAAUCCCACCUCCCGACUCUUUACUCCCAGGGCAUGUCCGUCUCGCAGCCCACCAUGGUGGGCCACAUCACUCACACCUUCGCCCAUCACACCUUGCCGCACGUCCAGGCGAAUCCUCAAGCUAACACUAACGGAGCCCAGGUGAACAGCGCAGGCGUGAUGGGCCAGGGGAGCUCGUCGCUAGGGAAACCCACAGCGGUGCUUGCCCCCCACCCCCAGCUGGUUGGACAGGCUGCCGUCCUCAACCCUGUCACCAUGGUUACAGUCCCAACCUUCCCCGUCAGCACACUCAAACUGGCCUGAAAGAGUGGGGGGAAAAAAGGAUGGGCAGACUGAAGGAGAGAAAGAUUCUGAACUUCUGGAGGGGGUUUCGCACUCCGAUCAAUAAUCAAUAGCAGAGAAUCUCUGACAGACACAUGAAAAUUUACAGGGGUGAAAAACCGAAAAAAAACAUCAGCUGUUUUUUCUGGACACACUUGUGACAAAUAUCUCCAUGGAUAUUUUGGUCGCAGCUCUGUUAGUUUAUGAACAAUAACAUUGAAGCAGAGUCCGUGGGUCCGGCCAUUGUUUAUGAAAAUAAGACUGUGACAUUUUGUCUCCGCUGCAAAGACAGGAAAUCUGUUUUACCUUCCUUCCUUGUCCUCUUCUCUCCUUCCUUCCUCUACAACCAGAAGCACUAACAUAAUAAGCUCAGUUCACACUCAGGCAUCAAGGAUUUACCUUAAAACUAUUCACUCACCUGUCGAGGGGAGAGAGAGAGAGAGAGAGAGAGAGAGAGAGAGAGAGAGAGAGAGAGAGAGAGAGAGAGAGAGAGAGAGAGAGAGAGAGAGAGAGAGAGAGAGAGAGAGAGAGAGAGAGAGAGAGAGAGAGAGAGAGAGAGAGAGAGAGAGAGAGAGAGAGAGAGAGAGAGAGAUUUGUCGUUAGGCUGUUGUCAUGGUGAUGUGACCGUUUUGUAUGCGUCGACACUUGAUGACCCAGCUACUCAUUGUGAGUUCUUAUCUAAUGAAAGUUUCUCAUUUACAUUGAUUCCAGUUUUCUCCUCGUCCCUUCGAUCUUAGUACGGAACUCGCAUCGUGAGGUUUGGUCGUCUCCCAUCUUCCUCGGCAUCAAAGUUCCUCGACAUUUCACCAAACACCCUGAAAAAUAGUUUACGAGACGAAAAGAAAAAACCCAAGAACAAGUGGUGGUCAUGUAUUCUGAAAUUUGGGAAUUUUCAGUAA